UCUCAUGCGGAGAUGCGUGUCCGGGAGUGAAGUAGCGAAUAGCUGCCCGCGUCUGAGCGCUGUCCGGUGUGCGCUCCUCCCUCUCAUCCUCCUCCCCCUCCUCUUUGUGUUGCUGCUGCUGCUACUGGUGCUUAUAUAUACGAACCACGGCGUCGGGGAAAACUGUCGAAUUGUGAAUUUCAUCGAGAAUUGUUGUGCCGCAGCUUUUGGCUAACCUAACGUGUUUUAUUUCGCCACGUGCCUCGUCCGAAGUGAGAAGUAAAGCAACGAGAGAAGUGACGACGCAGCGAAUGCCCCUUGAACGCGCCAAAUUGCUAGACUGACGAAACGGGCUACUGGGUCACAACACGCGCUAAGCACCACAAGGCGCGAGCGCGAGCGAAAGGACAGAAAGUGAGAGUUUGUGUACCUACACAGUAUAACUACUGAGCGCAACUAAUCCGUAGAAACAGUGCUAAACACAUAGAACAAGCGUGUACCAAAUAAAAGAGCGACCUACGGAGAUAUAUAAUCGGAAGCGGAUUUCAAGUAAAGAUAAGUAACAAGAGUGAACGUGUGUGCGGUUGCUGUCGCAUAUAGCUCUACAUCGAAGAGGGAUUAUAGCUACACGGAAACCAUCAUGUAUGCUACACGAGGCCUUCAUCUGGCGAUACACGGAUACCGACUGCUGGCUUGCCUCAUUCUCGUCAGUACCUCAUUCGGACAGCAACUUGGAGAUGUCACGGGCUGCAUCUGUCUCGAACCGUACAACCAGAUCUGUGGAAGCGAUGGCAUCACGUACGCAAACCAAUGCCAUCUGAACUGCAUCGCUCUGUUGACACCAG